AUGUCCGAGAGUUUUGGUAAAGAAAGUCAGGAUUCCCCUGCCUUCGGUGGGGAGGAGACUGAAAGUGAUGAGUGUAGCCUUUCUAUUGGUUCCAAAGAUGAGAGUACCGAAUCAGAGCAUGUUGUAGAGGGUGUGAUAGAGAGUAUGAUGGUGGGAAUUGUACUAGAAGCAAUAGUCGAUCGGGUUCUUGCCUUGCCUCAUACUCUUGAGGUAGGCUCAAGCAAUCGAGCAGGACCAUCAGGGUCAGCUGAUGUGGUUGUGGCAUUUGCUUCGGUAGGGUUGGAAGUACAAGUGGGUGUCCCUUUACCGAAGAAGAAUAAGAUGACUGACGAGGAGAUUGUAGAGCUCAGGGCCAAUUAUAGUAUUCCGCCUUUAGUAGGGUUGAGGCUACCUACUGCGACAGAUGUGGUGAGAUAUCUUGCAAAUGUGGCAAGUGUUGUGAAGGGAACAACGAAAGUGGUGGUGCAAAUUGACGAGGCCGAGAACCAAAGGUGGCUAAGAGCGAGGAGGGAGAAGGAGAAGGUGGCACGGGCCAAGAAGUUUGACAAAGGCGAUGCUGAAAGGGCGGCAAGGAAAAGGCCGUCAGAUGACGAAAAGGGUUUAGGGAUUGUCGAUGGCACUUGUGUAGGUGGAAAGAAGGCAUUACUUAAGGUGAUCAGCAUUCCAUGGAUGAGGCAGGGGUUUGCCUUUGGGACCUUGAAGCUGCAAGACCUUGCGCACCCAAUCUCCAAGUUUGAAGGCGUAAGGCAUCAUGCAAGAGUCAUAGUAUUUGGCAAUGUGCUGCUUAUAGGCAAAGUUGCGCACGUUGGCCCGGUCACGAAGCUAGUCCAUGAGGUUCAAGUUCAAGGCCAAUUGCUCGUCGAUUGCUUCAGCUUUAUAUGUGAAUGUUCGGUAGGAGGGCUGGCCGAUCUCUACCGGAAUAACAACUUUGUUAUCAAAAGAAAGGGAGAAAUGCAUUUCGCCUGUAGAAAUACGGAAGAUGGAGUGGGUAUGCCGAAGCAACAGACGAUGUUUUGUCAAACGAAUGUCUCAAUGCAAGCUGUUGUGAUGGUAGCGAGGGCUUCAGCUUCGGCCCAACUUGGUAAAAUAGACUACAACGAUAAUGACAUACUUAACCUGGCCAUUUCCUUCAUGUAUAGGGAGUUGUGGAAUGGUGGCAAACCUUUGACAUUUGUCACAUUUCUGGGUGAAGGCUUAGGUAUUGGUGUGGAUAAAGGGACAGAAAUAUCCCUGCUGAAUAAUCUUGUAGGCGAGAGAUUUAGCCCUGGAGUGGUUUCCACAAAUGCCUUCAUAGACCUCCCAAAGGACGUAGUUGUCUUCUUCUAG